UGCGAACCAAAACUUCUUCUUGUUUUCCUCCCUUAUUGUUGGUGCAAGAGUUGAGAUAUUGAUGAGCUGAUCGUGUAUAUCGUAUAUCCAGAUUAAUCAUCCCUCGUGUCACCGUCUCGUUGUACAUGAUACUCGUUGGUCUUUGUUAGAAACAAGAAAAUUUAUUACUUCGAACCUCUCCACUGUUGCUCUUUGCGCAAUCGUUCCUCGCGAUGACGACCAAGGACGGUCCAAAGCUGCCCAAGCAGCAACUGGCGAUUCUGGGUAAGUCUUAGUAUUUCAUCAUUUCACGGAUACCUGUAAAAGACCUUGAAACACCCUUGUUGUGUUUUCACCUGCUUGGUAUCAAGAUGUCAAUAUACGAGCAUGGUUCACGAUCCGAACACCAUGAGCCUCAACCCAGUACCGAGUCAUUCUCGUUCCCCAUCAUUCCCGUGCGAAAGUGUGCUCCUAUAUAUAUAAUAUUUGAUAGAGCGUUUCUCAUCAACAACAGAGGCACUAUAACAUGAAAAUACACAUAGCCCAUAGAGACAUCAUGGUCCAGUCCAGGUAUCCCGCUCCAUCCGAUCUCCGCUGACCUAUCAAUAGCCAUGGCCAGAAUUGCCGAACCCAUGGCCUACAGCUCAGUCUUCCCAUAUCUGCCCAGCAUGGUUAGCAGCUUUGGUGUUCCUACCAACAAGGUUGGAAGUUGGGUAGGACUCACAUCUGGAGUCUUCUCCAUAGCACAAAGUACCACUGCAGUGGCUUGGGGAAAGGCUUCCGAUAUUUAUGGUCGGAAACCGAUAAUCAUUUUUGGCCUUAUGAGUUCAAUGAUCUGCUUCAUAGUAUGGGGCAUGUCUACAAAUUUACCUAUGGCUAUCAUUGUCCGAGCCAUUAUGGGAGGUGGAAACGGGAAUGUCGGUAUCAUCAGAACAGUGGUUGCCGAGCUGGUACCUGAGAGGGAACUUCAGCCAAGAGCAUUCUCCAUUAUGCCUAUCGUUUGGAGUCUGGGUUCCAUCAUCGGACCUAGUUUCGGAGGUCUCUUCGCUGAGCCUGCAGAACAAUAUCCCCAAAUCUUUGGCCAUAUCGAGUUCUUCAAGCGCUUUCCCUUUGCGCUACCUAAUCUGAUUCUCAUGGUUUUCUUUCUAUUCUCAGCUACCAUUGCAGCCCUGUUUCUCCAUGAAACACUUCCUAGCAAGCGAGGACACCGGGAUUGGGGUCUCCUGGUAGGCGAGCGUAUCACUCGCUCUUUCAAGACCACUCGUCCAGCACCCUCUACCCGUCGAGCUUCGUUUGUAGACGGCGAAGCUACUUCACCGCUUCUUCCUAACAAGACAGCACCAAAGAAGAAGACACACGAAGCUUCAGAACAUGCUAAGAAAGAACGCGUCAUUACCCGUGCAACAGCCAUGAACCUCUUGAUCUACACACUUCUCGCAUUCCAUUCCGUGGCUUAUGAUCAGAUCCUCAGUGUCUUCCUCAGACACCCAGUUGAAAAGCAUACUCCCGAGAAUACUUCAUUUCCAUUCUACUUCUCAGGAGGAUUUGGCAUGAAGCACAGUGAGGUUGGCACCAUAUACACCAUCUAUGGCAUCGUUUGUUGCGCUGUUCAGUUCCUCAUCUACCCUUCAAUCGUUGCUCGCUUCGGUGUUUUGCGUUGCUUUAGAGUCUGCUGUCUUCUGAUGCCACUUGCUUACUUCCUCACCCCUUACUGUGUUCUUUUCCCGACACACAAGGGCCGCAUGAUCGCUCUCAUGGGUGUUAUGUUCAUUAAGGCUGCUGGAAUCAUUGUCGCAUUCCCAUCUGUCACUAUCCUUCUGACAAACUCCUGCACUUCUCUCCGGGUACUUGGCACGCUCAAUGGUUAUGCCACAACCUUCAGUGGUCUAGGUCGUGCACUUGGUCCAGCUUCGACAGGUGCUCUUUUCACUUGGGGCGCCGAUCAUGGCUACGUUGUAACUGCAUGGUUCUUCCUCAUGUUCAUUGCUAUCCUAGGUGCUAUCCCGGCUUACCUCGUUGAAGAUGGAGAAGGCCCUUCCGCUUCCGUUUCAAGCUCAGCAGAGAACAGCGACACAGAAAACGACCAGGCUUCGUCUUCAUCGAGUACGAUAUUGUUGCCUGAAGAUUCCGCGAUUGCGUCUGAUUCUGAAGAGGAAGAGGAGCUGCCUUUGACCAAGACUAAGUCAAGGUCUGUAGAGCAAAGCUACGGAACUAUGACCGGACGAAAGUGAGGUAUCGAGGUAAUCACAGCACUUCGGUGACUUGCUUUCAAGGAUCCCAAGACUCCUCAUAUAAUAUAUCAUGUUUAGGGCAUAUCUUGGGAUAUCUUAGGAUAUUUUUAGGAUAUCCUUAGGACAUCCUUAGGGCAUAUUUAGGCCUGUGUGUCUCAGAUUCUGACUAGAUUGCCUUUUGUCAUAAAGUCAGAUGUGGUUAGAACUUUUACUGAAUGUGGGUUUUGCUUUUGGUUAUGGGAUGCUUGGGUGAGACUGCAUUUGUAUACACCUUGCAUAGGGGGCGUCAAAGCAUAAUGAGUAUGAUAAUGUCUCGCAUCUAAUGACGGAAGUGUUAGAUAGUAAAAGCGUUGUUUUUCUUGAUAUUGCUACCAAAUUGUAGUUUAUAUAAAUCUUAUCAUGAUGCCAUCCUUUCAAUCUUCGCCACCAUGAUGUAUUGAUGUCCCAUCCUGCACAUAGAAAAUUCAGCCUUUGGUAUAAUGAUAAUUUGAUACUUUUCCCACACGUUCGAAAAAGAAGCCUCGCAGCGCCUAUAUCACUGCUUGACGUUAUAUGAUAUUCCCUUGCCAUGCCCGUGAUGAUGCUUCCGUUAUCAACGCCCAUGUAAUGCCCACUGCCGCGCUGUAAAAAAGGGGGAAUCAUAUGUGUAAAGACCAAGCAAGCCCAUAAGAUAAUCUUGAGAUUAAAAAGAAAUAAGCAACCUCUCGCGGUUAAGUUUUGAUGUAAAUGGUGGUAAUGUGUGGUGAAGAAUGGAUAGUCAUGAUCAUCAUGACAUAUAAUAUCAGCAUUGCGGUCAUUUGAGACGCAUACCUGACUAAACGAACAAUACGUGGGCGACCUUCGAGGGUCACCUCCACGCUUAGUAAACGUAUGGUGAGAUUCCUCUCCGGACAUCGGGGGCUCUGUACCCCUCUCGCCCAUGUCGCUCCCAAUCUGUAUGAUUGAAAUGCGGUCGUGGAUGAAGCUCGGUUGGAUAGUGAGCAUCCCGCUCUCCAUCCUCCCAUCUCUCACUGCGCCAUGGCACCCUGUGGUGCUCGUCUGCACUUCGACUGCGCAUCUGGUGUUGAUCAUGCACGCAGGAGGGAUGUUCGCGGAAAUGUUCCAGAUCAGCGUCCAUCUCACUGAGUCGCAGGUAGCUAUGUCCAACCCAGCGGUCGAUCGUAUCUGCAAUCUGGCGGAAACCCUCGGUAUGACCGCCUUCGUGGCGGGCUUUGAGACCACAUACCACAAAGAGAUAGCUGUGGAUCAUCUCGUGUAAGAAUGUCGAGAUGAGAAGCCGCCGGUUGUACUUUGUAUCCUGGAGGAUAGGCGAUGAAAGUACAAUGAGUGUCUCGUAGCCUCCAUCACGGGAACGUCGUACCGCUGUGGUGCCAACAAUGUGCGCCUGAUACUGCGCGCUUGCAGGGUGACUCCAGUCCCAUGCGACACGACCAGCAAGACGGUUACAGAAGAAGAGUUCGUUUGCGGCAGAGAAGAUGCUGCGCAAUGCGUCGUUGUCCAAGGAGAAUUCGGCUGCGCGAGACUUUGGGUUGAUGAGCGCUCUGAGGAUACGGCCGUGGCGAGAGUCGGUGGUGCGAUGUCUUCGACGACUGGAACCAAAGUUGGCAACGUGAUCACGGACUAAACGUGCGGCAGCGAGGUCACUCAACAAUCCUGGGUCGUUUUCGUCGGCAGCGGGUGAUAGACUGGCGAGCGAUGGUUGAGUAGUAUCAGAUGAGAUGGAAAGACCAGAUGCUGUGCGUUCCAUAGCGCAUGCAUCGGCGACGGGAGCGGGUGCCGGAGCUGGACCGGAAGGGCCGAAUACAGGUCCCGGCCGGGAUUCGGGAGCUGGACCGAAGGCGGCAUCGAUAGAGGGGAAAUCGGGUCCUUCUGGGGUUGGUGAACGUUCGCGAAUGACGAGAAAUGAGAGGUUCUUGACGGGAGCUGAGUCAGGCCGAUGGAUCAAUGGAGGGUAAUUUUCAAUGUCUUGGUUGUAUAAGAAUUCGUCCUCAUGAUCGAAGGGUUGAUUGUGCGGAUAUGCUUUGCUAAUAAUGUGAACUCCAGAAUGGAAUGCCGGUUGUGGUUGUGGGUAAUAAGGCGAUGCAUGAUCUGAGGAAGCAUAGCCACUUGGUGCAGCCACAGCUGCAGAGAUGGGUGCAUUGUCGUAGGCGUCAUAAGGAAGCUCAUCGGCGAACCUGGUUCUUUUGGUAUCAAAAGUGAAGCCAUCGCCGCCUUCGGAGACGCUCACUCGCCUUUUACCACCCACAUAGUACGGACCCCGGCCAGUAGCAGUAGCGGUAGCGGCAACAGUAGCGGUAACACCAAGCGGACGACCCCCGUCAACCACCCAAAAGGCCAUGGGACAUGCUCAUCGACCUGAGCCGGGGGGUGGGUUUUGUUGGGAAUUGAUAAGCGUAGAGAGAGAGGAUCACAUAGGGGGUUACAGUCUGUGAUUCUCCGAGAAGCUUGGACGAUCUCGUGAUGAUUUUGCUGGUGAAAGAAGAGAGUUUUGAGUUGAGGGAUCGAUGUCGGUGAGUCCGAUGGACGGUCUUGGGUGGCGGUUUUGACGAGACGACGCGUGAGCAGUUGCAGUGCCAGUUGCAGCGCUGUCACAGUCGUAGUAGCAGUUAAUGAGGAGACGGAUGGGGGCGGUCGGGUAGGAAUUGGAUCCGAAGAAUGGAGAAGAGACAAGAAAGAGAAAAGAUAAAACAAAC